AUGACCCAUACACCACCGCAUAGGCCCCCCUCCAAGCUCUUGCAUUACAGCAGAAUGUGCUCGAGACGACCAGUCUUCGGUGUCCCCUCUCUUUGGACGAGGAAGAUUCCAAAGUCUACCAACGUGUACUUGCAGGGCGCGGAUUUGAAGACAGACAUCGCGAAUGGAAUCAAAGAAUUCCGAUCCUGUCCUUGUGGUAUGCUCUUCAUUGACGACCUCUCCCACGAUGCUCAAUCCAAAUGCAGCUCUUCCACAGUUGACUUGAUAUGGGAGGAGAAUCGCUUCCGCCAUGUCACGGCUGUACUCCAAGUUGGGGGAAGCAGGACAGCAAUGUGGUCGUUAUGCGCCUGGGAAUGGGGAUGA